CAAGUGGCACCUGGGGCACUGCCCUUCCUGCCUUACCCUAGAUACGCCCCUGAAUGUACUGUAGAGUAGAUGAUGAAGAGGUGAGGGGAAAAAACUGGCUUUUGUCUUCGGCGACAAUAAACUUCCCCUCACAAGACUCAGCCAUUUGCAUCAUGAAUUGCAAUCACGGCGGUGUUAAAAGAAAUCAGAUAAGACUAGAGUCUCAGUUCUGCUCUUCCCUACCACCCCGCCCCUUAAAGCACGCACCCGCCUCCUCCACCCAAACUCAAUCCAGCAAGAUCAGACAGCAGGGCAGCGAACUUCUCUCAGCAGCAGGAAGGUUUGCUGCAGUGCCGCCAGGCUGAGGCCACGCCUACCAAGGAGGGGUGAUGAUAAGAGUCCCAGGUUCGUGGGCGGCAGAGUGAACUCCUUCCCGGCUGCGCAUUUGAAGCUGGCACGAAGUUCCCUACCUCGUGGAGCGACCUGCUGCUGCCUUCCCUCCUCGUCGGCCUGUGCUAGUCGAUCAUCGCGUCUGCAACUUGCUGGUGAUUUAAUCUUUCCUUCUCCUUUGGACCAGGGUUUGCCUUAGAAGCGGUGUCUAUUACAGAGCAGAGGUGCUGCCUUCUAUUUCCCCUGACGAUCUGGAAAAGCAGGCGGUCCAGCCAGCAGAGUUUUGGAGUGUGGUCAAGUUUUGUGGCCUGGAGAUGGACUGCCAGCCAGGGGGUCCGUCAAACCUACAGGAGUCUCGGAGGCAGGAAAACCAGCAGGCGGUCCAGCCAGCAGAGUUUUGGAGUGUGGUCAGGUUUUGUGGCCUGGAGAUGGACUGCCAGCCAGGGGGUCCGUCGAACCUACAGGAGUCUCGGAGGCAGGAAAACCAGCAGGCGGUCCAGCCAGCAGAGUUUUGGAGUGUGGUCAAGUUUUGUGGCCUGGAGAUGGACUGCCAGCCAGGGGGUCCGUCGAACCUACAGGAGUCUCGGAGGCAGGAAAACCAGGUGGAGUUGGAGGAAGCGUCACCAAGUUCCUCCACAGCAGCAGCCCAGGAUCCCUUUCCUGCAGAGCAGAAGCCGCUGUUAACAGAUAUCAGGCAGGAAGAGGUUGAUCAUGAUGCCAGCCUCCCAGAAGGUGAGAUGCAUGAGAGAGAGAAUGCAGAGCAUCCAUGUGUGGUUUUGUCAGAAGAAGCGGAGCAUGAAGAGUGGAAAGAGAACCUUUGGAAUCAAGAUUGUCGAAAGAGGAAGAAGGGAAACCACACGGAGGAGAAGCGGGAUGAGAAAAGGAAACAAGAAGAACAAACAGAAAAGGCAUCGAAGAAGCAGGCUGGUGCUCAGUUGAAAAUCCACACCAAAGAGAAUCUCAAUAAAGGCUCUGAAAGCAGAGAAAGCUUCAGCCAAAACAGAAAUAUUUCUGGAUGGCAGACAGGUCAUGAAGAAGGGAGAGCAUAUGCAAGCUCAGAGCCUGGAGAGAAAUCUCUUUGGAGCUCAAAGCUUUCUUCACAUCAAAGAAUCCAUGCAGGGGAAAAAUUACAUAAAUGCUUGCAGUGUGGAAAGCGUUUCAGUCGGAAUGCAGUUCUCACUUCACAUCAAAGAACCCACACAGGAGAGGAGCCAUACAACUGCACACAUUGUAGAGAAAGCUUUAGUGUCCCAUCAGGGCUGGUUAAGCAUAAAAUAAUUCACACUGCAGAGAAGCCAUAUAAAUGCUCAGUCUGCAAGAAAAGCUUCAUUCAGAGAAGUGAGCUUACUUCACAUCAAAGAAGCCACACAGCAGGGAACCCAUAUAAUGCUCGCAAUGUGGUUUCCUUUAGAGCAUAGACCACAUUCGGCAUCAUAUAAUUCACACAGAGGAGAAACUAUAUAAAUGCUCAGGGUGGUGGUGGUGGUGGUGGUGGUGGUGAAACCUUCAUUCAAAGUAGGCUACUUCUUCAUAUCAAAAAACCCAUACACGCUAGGCUGUGGAAAAAGCUUUAGCUGAAGACAGAAUCUUACUUCCCAUCACGUAACACACAGAACAAAAAAUAUAAAUGAUCAGAUUAUGGAAAGGGUUUCCAUCACAAAAGAAGAUAUAUAAUAUAAGUGAGAAUCCAUAUAUAUGUUCACACUGUAGCAAGAGCUUUGCUCGUGCAUCAGUCCUUAUUCAGCAUAAAGGAAUCUACACAGGAAAUAAAUCAUGCAAAUAGUUCAGUCAGGACACAAUUGUCAUUUCACAUCAGAAUCCACAUGGGAGAAACUGUAUCAAUGCUUUGCAUACAGAGUUUCCAUUGCAGAUGAACCCUUAAGGCAUAUGGAAGAAGCCAAAGAGGAGAGACACCAUACAGAUUUUCACACGGUGGCAAAAGCGUUGGUGACUAACUAGGUCUCAAUGAACAUGAGAGAAUACACACAGGAGGGGAAACUGCAUCACCGCUUGUUAUAGAACCUGACACAGCUCACACACACACACACACACACCUCUACCCCUACCCACCAACGAAUCCACACAGGGCAAAAUGCCCAUCUGAUUGUGAUUAUUUGUGUAAACCCCCAUCUGUUGUGAUUAGAUAAGAUCCUGUAUUGAGGGGCGUGCAUUUCUGAUCCUUGAAACGCAUGGAGCAAGGCUUUUUUAGUGGGCCCUCUAUGUAGAACCCUCCCCCUUCCAGGCUUUUGAGGAUCAUUGUUGAUUUUAAUUAUGUGUGUGUGUUUUAAUGUGCUGGGUUCAUUGGUGCAAAUGCAUUAUUGUUUGAUGGAAACAUGGGGAGAAAUCUGAUUUAUUUUUCCCCCAUUGGAAGAACCAUUGUAGCCAUCAGAGUGGUUCACUGAUGUGGCUUCUCUGUGGUGAUGAAACCUUGAUCUUCAUGGUUCACAUUAGUAUAUUUGAUCAUCUUGCUGGGGGAAACAAGGUUGUUUUCUUCAAUGUUCAUCUGAAAUGUAAACUGGGACAGAAGUAGUUGUUGCUUUGGGGAUUUUUAACAUACAUAUGGAAUGUAUUCACUCUGCUUACUAAUAAAGUCUUAUGCAUUUUUA